AUGAGCCGACGAGCCGUCCAAUUCGCCAAGAAAUUCGUCAACCGGAACCCGUUGAAUGCCCACCUCAGCGGGCUGCAGCCCAUUCCCAGCGGCUUCGAGCUGGACGCCGACGCGAAGAGGCGCCAUUUCUUGUACCGGGCCGAGCUGUCGCAAUCUGGGGCUCAUCAGGAGGCCACCGUCACCCAUUUUACUGACGGUGUGGUGCUGCGCGUCUCAACCCGUGAGCCCUCGAUCUCCUCCCAACUCCACAGCACUGCCGACACGGCCGCUGCCCUCAACCUGGGACGUGUACUCGCGACGAAGGCGCUGAAGGCCGGCAUUCUCCGAGUGGCCGCUGUUGAUGAGGCGACAAAAGCGCAAAGUCUCCAUCAGAAGCAUUUCUACAAAGCGCUGGAAGAGACGGGGCUGACACUCGGGGAAAUGCAGGCGCCGGAAGUGGAUUAUGCCCUCGACAAGCGGAUCACUUGGAAGCGAUUCCCCAUUCAUCACAAUCGAUCCGACAAGAUUGACGAUGAUGAUGCGGCCAGAGAACGCAAU